GAAUGGCUGACCUAGUUCAAUUCAUAUGUACAAAUUCCGAUCAUUACCAAAUCUUGCCCGUUUUGAAACAGUUCAUAGAACGGAAAGAUAUUAUACUCGAUACAAAUUUCUUAGAAACGCUAAAACUGGUGCUAGAUACCCUUGAAAAAUCCAAAGAUUUUGGUGAAGAUUUAGCCACUAAGGUCUUGUUUGAGAUUUGUUGGCCGAUCGUGUACAAAUCUAAUGACAGCAAUCAGCCUUCUGUGCACAGGCGAAAAAGGCUUCAUCUUUGUUACGAUAUUAUAGCCUUCUGCUGUUCAGUGUUUCCGGAAACUUUGCUUCCAGUGGUAAGCGAAAAGUGCCUUCAGAUUUUAAAGCGCUACGUCGUGGAAUUGGGUUCAACAGAGGAGAACGCAGUUGAUGUCUCAGUAACACUAGAUCUUAUUGGAAAUCUUGUGAAGCCAGCUGCCUUAAGCCCUUCGGAAAGUACUCAUAUAAUUUCUGGAGAACUGGGAAAUACGCUCUUUCAGGAGUUAUUAAAUAUUUUACCUUUUACAACUGAAAGCUUAUGCGGGAAAGUAACCAGCCUUGUUCUUCCAAAUUUCUUGGAAUUUGAUAGAGAAACACGUUGCGAGGCUGUGUGGAGUACAGUGAAACAGAUAUUUGAAUCCCAAGCAGCUGGUUCUAUUCCUGGAACAUUCAAUCAAACCUAUGCCAUUCUUUGUGGUCUUGCUGAUUUCUUCUACACUUGUGGCAAUGAAAGUCUCUUUCACAAAGCAGAGUUUUGGGAAAUCAUUCAGAAAGGAUUGGUGUUAGAGGAACCUCUUUCUAGGAAAAGAGCCAUGUAUCUGUUGAAGAGAACAUUGGACUUGCUAGAUAAACAACCAUGUGAUUUACUGGUGCAGAAUGACAAAGGAUUGCAGAUAUUUUGCUGGUCAUGCAAUAAGAAGGACUCACGCAUGAGAGUAUGGCAGGAUUAUGUUCUUUUAAUGGAGACACUGGAGGAAAAGCAGGGGCAUCUUAUCAAACCAGUGCUUCCUCGGAUCUCAAGUAUCAUAUGUGCCACAAAGAAAGACAACAAUGGUGAUGUAAUGCUGGACAUUUCCUGGCUUCUGACACUGUAUCAAAGAGCAGCUCAACAUGACACCAAGUCCAUCUGCCGAUGGGCCAUUCUCGACCUGCUCAGCAUGGACCUGUGUGAUUCACCACUUCUGAACACCUGUCACUGGUGGUUCUUAUACGGCCCUCUAAUGAACAUGCUCGCUGAGUAUGCAAUCUACACCAGAGCAGACGAUGGCCUCAGAGGAGACCCUCCCCCUGUGGGGGCUGCACUUGUCGCCUUCUUCCCAGAGUUUGUAAAGGCCCUGUCAGCAGAUAACAGACGUUUAUUUUGCUCGGGGCUCUUAUCUGCUGUGGUGAAACAAGAGUUUUCACAAGUUCCUCUGGUCUUCAUAUCCCAGAUGUUAGCGAGUCUGCCGUCUUGCCCUGUCUGGGAUUCUAAUGCAUUGGCAAGCAUUCGUGACAUUUUUCCCCUCUUUAGACCGUUCAGCCCACACCUGACAAGUGCUAUUCAGAGCUUUCUCCUCAAGGCAGUUAUAAAUCUAUGUGCCCCCAGGCGUGUGUCGUGGAAAGACAUUGGAGAUUUUCUUUCUCUUUUCACAAAGGAUGAUUGUUUAUGCCGAGGAAAUACCUUGUGGGAAGCAGCAGUUCACUGGGUGUGGGAGAUCCGUGACUUGAUUGGUCAAGAACAUUUCAGCCAAACCAAUUGCAGUCAAGAUAAAAAGGGAUUUUCAGGCCUGUUCGAUCACCUCAGGGAAGGUGUGGAGGUUCUUCUUAACGACGAGAAACUAGAGUUAUCAACCAGUGAUCCCGAAAUGCAGUCUGUUAUAAGGUUAAUGAUAAUUGCAUGCGAUGCUCAUCUUAAGUUCUCAGAGAAUUCAACCAAUCGAAAGCAACCAGUGGAUGAAAUAUUCCAGAAUAUUGUGGAGGUCCUUCAGCAUGCAAGCCGACAUGUUUAUGCAUCGGAGGGUAGGACUCAAAGAGCAGCCAUGAUGCUGUCAGGAAUCUUAGAGCACAUGAAUAGCACAGCAGUCAGCAAAAACACAGAUGGAAAAACAGAUGACAUCGCUGUGAAGGAAGUCGAUGGCAGCAGGGAGAUCAUUGAAAACGUGUUUGGACGCAGUGGCGUAGACAUCUUCGAGCUGUUGUUGAGGAAACUCACCACCGUGUCCGUGAAUUUCUCCCAAGUAGAUAGCAACUCUGCGUUUCUUGAUCUCGCUGAUCAGCUGUUGAUGUUCACAAAAGUCUCUGGGAACUCUAGUCAGAGUUUGGAAGUGUGGCACCAAUUUGUUGAAACCCUUACACAGCGAAGCCGGAGAGUUGUGUUAGGGAAACAAUCAGACAGAGAACAGCUAGCACUGAGUGAUUGGCGUGCAUUUGUUUUGUCCAUGAAAUGCUUAGCGUGGUGCUGUGCAGCUUUGAGAACCAAACCUGACCUGUAUACCACUCGUUUAGCAUCCACCUUGUUGCAGACGGUGACAGAGCUUGAUCUGAGCUCCGAGUUUCCAACACCCAAGUUUCUUUACCCGGUCGAUGUUGGUAGCGAGUCUUCAACCGAAUCAAGAGUAUUCCUCAAGAAAGGUUGGGGGAGACUGGUCUCUGACUUUAUCGAAGCUCAGUGGCAGUGUGUUCAAUUUCUGCUCGAGGAAUCCCAGGGAUCUUCCGAUGGAAGGGACAUGGAACUUGGGAGCAAAUUGGAGCGCUUUUUGGCGGAUCUGCCUGAGGCUGCCUUAGAGGCCCUUUCUUUGGGCUCAGGUCUCGCGGUGCUUCCCGUCAUAAGAUGCGUGCGCUUGUUGACUCCUCGAAUGCUUCUAGCAAACGACUCGCUGUGUUCACAGGCUCUGGAGGCAGUUUGGUGGACUUUUCAGGAUCGGCAAAAAGGCGAUCAGAUCUGGUUUUGGAGAACGUUGCGGGAAGUUUCACAGGUGUUUUUUAACCCCUGUCUCCUGAUACUGGCCGAGGACCACCCAGUGACUGCAUUCGUGCGAAGGUACUGGGGAGAAUUGUCGGCUCUGGGAGAAGGUCGUCCGGGUAUUAUGAAUCAUGUGAUCGGGCCGUGCUGUGAAUUCUGGGCUGGCUCUCCUUGUGAUCGUAUCCUUGGGAACCUAGUUUAUCAAAUCAGUGACGAAAAUCGCAGUCAAAGCUUAGAUGUUCACCUGGAUUUUAUUACUGAAGCUUGUUUUUUCGGUCCCAGGGAAAAGAAAACGGCGCGAGGUACAAAUUACGUGCUGGAAUACGUUCGUCGGUUGGGCAAGGAAGGGGUGAUUUGUUCCUUCAAGUCGGACGAGUUGCGCGAUGACACGCGAGUGCGAGUGAACGCGAUUAACGUGUUAAUGACUUUAAAUCCGAUGGACACUCAGGAUGCGAAGCUUCUACAACGUCUCGCCGAAUCUUUGAUCAGUAAGAACGGCGAGCUGUCGGAAGAUAAACCCCGUUCCUCUAUUAACUCGUACUCACAUAGGAGAAAGCACCGAGUGUGGCAGGCUGUUCUCGUGGUGCUCUCUCGCUUUUUUGAUGCCGACGUCGUUGAUGAGAUGUUUGCCAGUCGAGUGUUGGAAGGGAUUUUCCGCGCCAUUCUUUCCGAGAACCAAAUGUCGGUCCGGAACUUUCUUCAAUGGGGAGUGGUUCUGAUCCUAGGAAGGUACCCAAGCCUCGAGCCUUUUUUAUGGGCACAACUGAAGUAUGAUGUUGAGAGAAAAGCUGGUAGUGUGUCGUCACUUCUUGCCGUUGUCGCGCUCGUUGGCGAGUUUUCAUUUUCAGAUUCCCGCUCCCAGGCGGCUUAUUUCCAGCAGGCUUUUCCCACUAUACUCCCUUGGGCGUUAACAUCACAUGUUAUGGUCCAGGCCUAUGCCCAGGUGACGUUACAGAAGAUGUGGCUUACGUGCCAGCGAGAGAAUCUGCAUGACUUGACGUCCAACCACGCCAUCAUUCAGUCUUGUGUGCACUUCUUGGAGACGAAUAAUGAAAGCGUACGUCAGAAAGUUCGCUUGCUGGGAGACUUUUUCUUCCUUGAUUUGCAUCCCCACCGAGACUUUUCUAUGCAGACUCUGUUCGAGACCCUUCCUCGUUUAACAGAGGUUACUGAUGAAGAAUGGAUUUCUCCCAAAGUGUUCACUGAGGGAUGGUUAGGCAUGCGCGUUUGGGGUUCUCGUAAGCAUGGCCUUGGUGUACUGCCGCUGUACAAUCCUGAUGAUACACAUCUGGCUCAGAUUUCUCAUGGUCCAUAUUUUAACUACGGUGAAAACGUGGGGGAACAAAUUCGUCGACGAUUAGCGGGUGAGAGAACGAACAGUAAAAACACUGCGCAAAUAAACGAUUCAGCGAGGACUUCUGAAGUACAGAGCGGUGAUGUCCAGAAAAAAAUCGUCCCUUGGAAAGUGAUUCCUCCCGACGCAGAUAUUAUAUCAGAAAUGCAACGGCAGCGAUUGGCGAACCUUGAGAAGAGCUCAGCUGGAAGUUUGAUAGUGGUUGCUUCACUAAUCGACAAGGCUCCAAAUCUGGGCGGCCUUUGCCGUACUUGUGAAAUAUUUGGCGUCCAGACCUUGGUGCUUAGUAACUCUCAUGUACUCGAAGACAUCCAAUUCAAAUCUCUAAGCGUUACCGCUGCCAAAUGGAUGAACAUCGAUGAGGCUCGCGAGUCGGAGCUCAAGUCCUACCUGGCGCGCAUGCGUCAUGAAGGCUACACGCUAAUCGGCGCUGAGCAAACAGCAAAUAGCGUGAACUUAACUCAUUACCAGUUCCCACACAAGUCGCUAUUGUUGCUUGGCAACGAGAAACAGGGCAUACCCGUAGAACUGAUUCAGAUGCUUGAUGUGUGCGUAGAGAUUCCACAGGUUGGCAUCAUAAGGUCCCUCAACGUGCAUGUUAGUGGGGCUCUACUCGUGUGGGAGUACACACGGCAGAGGGUCUUGGGCGUUGCCUCAUGACUUCAAAGGUUCUUAGGUCUUGCCUCAUGAUCACGAGGCAAAGGGUCUUAGGUCUUGCCUCAUUACUUUAAAUGUAGGGCCACAUGGCGUCUUAGGUCUUGCCUCAUGACUUCAAAUGUUGGCGCACAAAAAUUAGAACAGCCUUUCGAAAAGGAGGACAGAAACCGCGACUAGAACUUCGCUGAGGAAAACUACAAUGCGAAAUAACCAAAUGAUGAUAUUUGGAGAACGCACAGUACCAUGAGAAAUUUCUUUUUCUUUUUGAAUUGAACGGUUAACUAAGACAGCCCUAGCCUCGAUAGAAACUACAUUAUGAAAAUAGAUCAAAUAGGAACAUUGUAGACUAAUAUAAUUACAAGACUCCAGAUAGGUUCAUUUUUUCAAUAUAUACAGUCAACAGUGCAUGAGCUCUAGUACAGUCCAAUACGCCGCUUAUAUAGUUUCAGUCACUCUUCGCAGAGACUGGAGAGGUUUGGUUUUAUUUGAUGUUUAUGAGAUGAUUGUUGCGAUAAAAAAUGGAUCGUUGUCAUGUUUAAAUAAAAAAUAACAUAAUAACAGCC